AUGUGGCACCGAGGCUACUUCACCUCCCUUUGUGGAUGCGUCAAUGCUUUCAAGAACGACAACGGGCAAGUUUUCACGGCGGAAGAAGUAUCGAAGAUGGCCACCGACACUGCAUCGCAGUCGUUUCUCAGCCCCAGCUAUGCAUCCGAGGAAGAGCGUGAAGAGCGCGAGCGAUCCGCGGAAGAGCGCUGCAUGAUAGUCUUGGGCCUCGGUAAUGGAGGCGACUUGGUGCCAACGCAACUUGGUGCCGCCACAGGUCCAUGCUGCUCUAGCAUGUUGACGAGCACCUUCUGGAAGGUUGCUGAUGAAAAUGGUGUGGCGACGUUCGAGAAGUCAGACGUGUCCAUGAAGCUGCAUCUGAGUCGGGACUCUCCGGAAGUACAGUAUCAGAUAUAUGAGCGGGGAACUGGCAAGCUGCUGGACGCAGGGUCAGGGCUUGUGGAUGCAGAUACCGUCUACUUGGUGAACGUUGCUGGCACGGCCUCUCAAAUGCGCCUCUGGCAACGAAAAAUGACCGGAGUUCUUUUGGCUGUUGCCAUUGUGGUGGUUCUCGUCGGGAAUGAACUCUGGAAUUCCCGGAACAAAUUUCAUGGCCAGCAGCACAUGGAGAAACGCGAAGAAGCCUUCCCCGCCUCGUAUGUGCCCGGAGCACCCAGCUUCCGGAGCAAGGAUCUGCCAACUUGGAUGCUGGGCACUUUUUCAAAGCCUGGAAGCACAUUUUCACAUUUCGUGGCUCAAGCUGGUCACUUCUUGUCCGGUGCGCCUUCCUAUGACAUUCCCGCGGGUGAUCCACAGUGCGCGAUUGUCACCAGACUCGUGAACGAGUUUAAGGAGACAGGGCAGAAGACCUCUGCUGCUGGUUUCCUUGAGAAGCGCACAGAGGAGCUGCAAUUCUCCAAUGGGACCUAUGCUGAAGUUCGUCGACAUGAGGUGACAUCAUCUGAUUCUUUGCCCCGCAUGCUCCGCGACAUGAUACUUCGAAUCCACUACUUCUUCUUCAAGGGUGGCUACACGAAGUUCUUUGGGAUCGCCACUUCGGAUCCCGGGUGCAAAAGCGGUGGUCGUCGAUCUCCUGGCGCCUUUGGGUCUCUGGUUCGCUGUUCUCGGCUCUUAAGGCCUGAUGCAGCCGACGGUUUGCUAAACGACCGCGAUCUGACCCAGGCUCUACUGCGGGCAGACAAUGUUCUGAUCCCUUGCACUCUGGAGUACCAAGAGGAGAUGGUUCAAGCCAAGAGGAUCGUGGCUCAAAUUCAGCGGCGCUCAGCUCAGGUCUGCGUCAUUGCAGUUCUGCUGAUGCCGAAGCCGGUUCUCUUGAAUCGUGAGACCAACGAGGUUCUCGUCAGGCGCCACAGCGAGCUCCUUUCCACUGGUGUCGAUGAUGUCCUCUACUUUGAGCUGUUGAGAGAUGUGGCAGCACUAAAGCGUGCGAUCAACCUCUCGCGGGCAAUGUGGAAGACGAACAUGCUGCGUGCGAAGCUGAUGUUGAACGUAGAGGUGGACUUUGACUCCGCAGAGGAAGCGGCACAGGUGCAGGUCGAGCACUCGAGCUUGCUUUGGGAGCAGAUACCGAAGACUUUGAUGCCCGAGUUCCGUCCUGUGAACGAGCAGAUCUUGGAGACGACAAACAUGGUGGGCCAUUUUCGGCUGAUCACCAGGCUUCCUUCCAGGAAAGGCAUGGUGCUACAGGCUGUGGACGCCGAUCAGAAGGCCGUGGCCAUCAAGAUCUUCGAGAAAUCACAGACACAAGAUCCCGGUCUGCUGGAGAGCAUCUACCGGGAGUUCCGGCUCACUGGCGAAGUUGUGAGGCAUCCCAACAUCGCCAAGUGCCUGGACAUGAUUCACAGCCUUUCGAGAGUCUACCUCGUCAUGGAGUUUGCCGGCGGUGCCACUGCCCGGGGUGACGGUUUUGCGAUUUAG